AUGAUGUUGGGGGUAAUAGAGUUUCAGGUAGGUCAGCAGUUUCAGGACAAAGAGGAGGUUGUGUUAAGUGUGAAGACCUAUAACAUCCGACGCGGGAUUCAGUACAAAGUGGUGGAGUCUGAUUAUCGCAAGUACUAUGGAAAGUGUAAGGAGUUUGGCAACGGGUGCGCAUGGUGUAUUUGGAUCAGUCUUCGCCAGCGCAAAGGGAUUUGGGAGGUCAAGCGGUACAAUGUUGAUGCUGCCGUGUGUAUCAAGGUACUCCUGAAUGGGACAAAGGCACAUUUCGGUUUUAGAUCGACUUAUAGGAGGGUUUGGAUGGCGAAGCAAAAGACUGUGGCACAAAUCUAUGGAGAAUGGGAUGAGUCAUACAGCGAGUUUCCACGAUGGGUUCUAGGUGUCCAGGUGACAAUGUCGGGUAAUGUUGUAGUGCUGAGGACGAGUCCUGUGCGUGUGGGUGGGCAAGUGGAUGAAUCCCAUUCAUAUUUCCAUCGUCUUUUUUGGACAUUUCCACCAUGUAUUGAGGCUUUCUGGCAUUGCAAGCCGUUGGUUAGCAUCGAUGGUACCCAUUUGUACGGGAAAUACGGGGGGACAUUGCUCGUUGCGAUUGCUCAGGAUGGGAAUUCCAACAUCCUACCCGUUGCAUUCGCACUUGUGGAGGGUGAGAAUGCUGAGUCAUGGUCCUUUUUCUUCUCCCACCUCCGCCAGCACGUUACUCCACAACCGAGCAUCUUAGUGAUAUCAGAUCGGCACAACGGAAUAAAGGCUGCAUUGGAGGUGCCCGACGACAGUUGGCUACCACCCGCUGAUCUACCGUGCAUUCUGUAUUCGACAUGUGGCAGCCAACUUUGCCCUGACCGUUAA